UUUUUGCUGUUUUGGUUCAUCCCGCAAGCCUUCUUAGUAGCCGCAUUCACCAUGUGCGGGAUGCACCACUCCCACUUGAGCUUGAGGCCCUCCGCCAUCAUCCAUUUCACAUCUGACCCUGCGUCCGUCGUUGCCCCGAACAAAUCUUUAGUGGCGAGGGUGAAGUCAGACAGGAUAGCGACGAAAUGA